AUGCACGGCGGCGGGGGGGGGGGGGGGGGGUCGAAAUUCCCAGAGAUCGACGUCUUUGAUGACGUUUAUGUUCGACCUGGGAAUGAGUUGGCCGAGUCCCUUCAUACGACGAUGGGGAAGAGGAACUAUUUGGUUCUUCAGGAGUCUACCUCCCAACUUCCUCCCGAGACUCCGAUCGAGUCUGUGGAUCCUCCACAGGAUGCUGGAUUUCAGAUCUUGACGGAGACGUUGGAUCAGACUCUCGGGAGGAGGCCGGGAACAUAUUGUAGAGGGAUGGGGAAUGCCCGACAGAGGGAACCUCGACCCCGGUGA